AUGGAUAGAAGUCUGAGAGGAAGAGUUUGUGUGAGAGGAGGUCGAGGUGGUCAGCGAAGACAAAGAACAGUAAUAUCUGAUGAAAUCAGAGCUACUGUGAUUGACCAUGUACUUGUCCAUGGUAUGAGCAUGAGGGAGGCUGGACAAAGGGUACAACCAAACAUCAGUAGAUUCACUGUGUCCACCAUAAUCCGAAGAUUUAGAGAAGAGAACAGAAUUGAAAGACUGCCACAUGGGGGUGGGAGGACAGGUAUGUUCUCCCCACACCAAGAGACCCUAAUUGUUGAUAUGGUCCGUGAGAACAAUGCCAUUAAACUGAGUGAAAUUCAGCAGAUCAUUGAGGACCAUGUAAAUUUUGAGGGUAUCAACAGUGUCAGCCUCUCUACUGUUGAUCGUGUCCUCAAGCGCAACAGACUGCGCAUGAAACAGCUAUACAGAGUGCCCUUUGAUCGCAACUCAGACAGAGUCAAAGAGCAAAGAUUCCAGUAUGUACAGAGGGUUCUUCAACUGGAUGCAAUGGAAAGACCCCAUGAAUACGUUUUAUCAAUCUUUGCCUUCCACCGUGUGGAGGCAUGCCAAGCCUGGAUACGGCAUGCCAGGGGUUUUUUCCCCAGUUGCCUGGCCAGACAAAAUGUGGCCUGUGAUGUGGAUGAAGUCCUGUGGCCUGACCCAGUACAGAGACAUGAUGCUGUGGCUGAGUGA